AUCAUGUCGAAUCCGAAAGUGUUCUUCGACAUCGAAGCCGACGGACAGCCCCUGGGCCGCAUUACCAUGGAACUGCGCGCCGACGUGGUCCCCAGGACAGCCGAAAACUUCCGGGCGCUCUGCACGGGCGAGAAAGGUUUCGGCUUCAAGAACUCCACCUUCCACCGCGUCAUCCCGAACUUCAUGUGCCAGGGCGGAGACUUCACCAACCACAACGGCACCGGAGGCAAGUCCAUCUACGGCUCCAAGUUUGACGACGAGAACUUCACCCUCAAGCACACGGCACCCGGCACCCUGUCGAUGGCCAACUCUGGCCGCAACACCAACGGGUCGCAGUUUUUUCUCACUACGGCCAAGACAUCGUGGCUCGAUGGAAAGCACGUCGUAUUUGGGAGUGUUAUCGGAGGCAUGGACACCGUCAAGAAAAUUGAGUCCUUCGGAUCGCAGUCCGGCAAGACGUCCAAGAAGAUCGUUAUCGCUAACAGCGGAGAGCUCUAG